AAGAAAAUAUUGACAGAAUUAUUAUUUCAUUGAUUUAUUUUUGCUGUUCUAAACAUUUUAGGUUGUCUUUUUAUCAAUGUUUGCCUUUCAUCCCUCUUUAUAACAGCAUCCAUAACUACAUGUACCAGGCUGAUGAUGCUAAUUAGCGACUUGUAGGACAGCCAAUAGCUGCUGUUCUUACUGAGGAGUGGGAACAGCAGCUGGAGGAGCAUCAGUCCCUGAAGCUGUAUGAAGUAUUUAUCACUAAUACAGAGAAAAUGAGAGGAAAUGUGAAUAUUUGCUUUGUAAGGUGAUUUCAGCGUCGCCCCUAAAUUAGCUGCUUGCGUUCCGGAUAGAAGAAGUUAUUCUGGAGCCCUGCAGCACACACAGAGCUUCGUUUUCGUGUGGAAGAAAUCUAGCUGACAGUAACCUGAGAAUUUAGUGAAUUCGGUGAGUAAACGGGGAAAGUGUAAAUGUAAAAUUACACGGCUGGACAAAGGCUCGUUCUCGGCCUGGUUGACACUGGUGGAGAACCCUUUUGAAACUCGGUGUAGAACAUCAAACUGAGAACGAUGAGGAACGAGGUUUUGGAGGCACAUGAGCAACCAGCGAACAUGUCGACCUCCCCCAGUGUUUGUCUGAGCCGUCGAGUUUAUGUACCUCACAGACACACUGAGACAAGCUCAGCAGCAACAUGGACGGAAGUCGACCUCCAAACGGCGUUUGGCUGCUGCCCGAUCCUGAGAGCCGCAGGGCUACGGACGCGUUACCAAACACUAGCCGCGGGGCUACGGACGCGUUACAAAACACGAGACGGACACGUUACCAAACACGAGCCGCGGGGCUACGGACGCGUUACCAAACACGAGACGGACACGUUACCAAACACGAGCCGCAGGGCUACGGACGCGUUACAAAACACGAGACGGACACGUUACCAAACACGAGCCGCAGGGCUACGGACGCGUUACAAAACACGAGACGGACACGUUACCAAACACGAGCCGCGGGGCUACGGACGCGUUACCAAACACGAGCCGCGGGGCUACGGACGCGUUACAAAACAGGAGACGGACGCGUUACCAAACAUGAGCCGCGGGGCUACGGACGCGUUACCAAACACGAGCCGCGGGGCUACGGACGCGUUACAAAACACGAGCCGCGGGGCUACGGACGCGUUACAAAACAGGAGACGGACGCGUUACCAAACAUGAGCCGCGGGGCUACGGACGCGUUACCAAACACGAGCCGCGGGGCUACGGACGCGUUACCAAACACGAGCCGCGGGGCUACGGACGCGUUACAAAACAGGAGACGGACGCGUUACCAAACAUGAGCCGCGGGGCUACGGACGCGUUACCAAACACGAGCCGCGGGGCUACGGACGCGUUACAAAACACGAGCCGCGGGGCUACGGACGCGUUACAAAACAGGAGACGGACGCGUUACCAAACAUGAGCCGCGGGGCUACGGACGCGUUACCAAACACGAGCCGCGGGGCUACGGACGCGUUACCAAACACGAGCCGCGGGGCUACGGACGCGUUACAAAACAGGAGACGGACGCGUUACCAAACACGAGCCGCGGGGCUACGGACGCGUUACCAAACACGAGCCGCGGGGCUACGGACGCAUUACCAAACACGAGCCGCGGGGCUACGGACACGUUACAAAACACC